AUGUUUCCAAAUAUUCUCAUCGUGUUUAUCAUGUUCUCCAGCAUUAUUUUUACAACGGCAUCCUUGGAGCUGCAACUUGGCAUGCCAAAUGUUUGUGCCGACCAGGAGAUGUCGUUGCUGGGGAACCGUCAGCCUUGUGUCCAGGCUUUUACCCGCAUGGUGACGGUGUUGAAGCAGGGCUGCACCACCCACAGAUGGUGUAUAGGCUAUGAGAGGAGGACAGCGUACUACACAUCAUACCGGCAAGUGUACAGUAUGGAUUUGCACACAGUCUAUAAGUGUUGUCCUGGCUGGACUCAGAGGGAAGAUGAGAGAGGAUGCCUACAUAGAAUAUGCAGCGCUAAUACUUGUCUCAACGGGGGGAAAUGUGCAGAGACUGGAGACGACAUCUGUCAUUGUCCUUUGGGCUUCAAAGGGACCAGAUGCCAGUAUGAUGUUAAUGAAUGUGAGGUUGAGAACGGCGGCUGUGAGGGGCAGUGUUGCAACAGCAUUGGCAGCUACUACUGCAAAUGUCCUGAUGGCAGCAGACUUGGGACAGAUGGCAAGGCCUGCCAUGAUAUAAAUGAGUGUGAGGAGCUCAACGGGGGAUGUCAGCAGACAUGUGUCAACACUCGGGGGUCCUACCACUGUGAGUGCAGCGAGGGAUUCCGCAUGCACAAUGAUGGUCGGACCUGCAUUGCUGUGAAUUCUUGCUCAGUGCUGAAUGGCGGAUGUGAGCACAAGUGUGUGGACAUGGGCAACAAUCACUACAAAUGUGAGUGCCGGAGGAACUACCAGCUAAAGAGAGAUGGGAGACACUGUGAAUUGAUGGACCCCUGCACGGAGGGGAAUGGAGGCUGCGCCCAGGACUGCCAAUCAGAAGUCGGCCAAGUUUACUGCAGCUGCCGAAGUGGUUUUAUGUUGGCUGGAGAUGCCAAGAACUGUGAAGAUGUCGAUGAAUGCAGCUCCGGUCGUGUCAGAUGUGCCCACGGUUGUGUCAACACACUUGGCUCCUUUAGGUGUGUUUGUCAUCCAGGUUUUGAACUUGGAGCUGAUGGCAAGCAGUGCUACCGUAUUGAGAUGGAGAUUAUUAACAGCUGUGAGAAGAAUAAUGGAGGGUGCUCCCAUCACUGUGAGCAUACCACCAACGGCCCCCUCUGCUCCUGCAACCACGGCCUCCAGCUGGACCAAGACAGGAAGACUUGCAUAGAUAGUGAUGAGUGUCUUAACGAGGAGUCCUGCUGCAGCCACUUCUGCAGAAACUACGCGGGCGGUUAUGAGUGCAGCUGCAGAGCUGGCCACACUCUAAGCCCAGAUGGCUGUGGCUGUGAUGAUAUUGAUGAGUGUUUGACUGAGACAUCGGGCUGCGAACAGUAUUGUGUCAACACCUUGGGAACGUAUGAGUGCUUUUGUCGACUGGGCUUCCGCUUAGAUCAGGACCAGCACUCGUGCAUCUCUCUGUACGACAGCGAACUGGAGGAAGAAGAAGAAGAGGAAGAAGAAGAGCCGCUGGGAGUUGAUAGAUUACCAGACUUUUUGCUUCACAAGGCUCCUCAACUCCUGCACUACACGGCAGCCCUGCACUCCCGGUACAGCAAUGAUGAUGAUUAUGAUCACGUUGGUGAAAAUGAAGAAGAAUUACAGAUCCAGAAAGGGCGCAGAGGAGAGCUGAGACUGGCCAGCCACAUAGUGUGUCUAGACGAGUCCUUUGGGGAGGACUGCAGUGUGAGCUGUGAAGACUGUGUGAAUGGGGUGUGCAGUGAAAGCAGAGACCGGUGUGAUUGUUUGCCUGGCUGGACCGGGAUUGUCUGCAACGAGACUUGUCCGCAGGGCAGCUACGGGCAGGCCUGCAACGGUGUGUGUGGAUGUCAGAACGGAGGCUCGUGUGACACUGUGACCGGGAAGUGUGUGUGCCCCCUCGGGGUACGAGGCCUGCUCUGUGAGGAUGGUUGCCCCCCGGGGUAUUUCGGCAGGCAUUGUAGGACAAAGUGCAACUGCCCCAACAAUGGGCCCUGCCAUCCUUUCUAUGGAGCCUGCUUCUGCUCUCCAGGGUUUUAUGGUCGUUUUUGCCAUCUGGCUUGUCCCAGGUGGACUCACGGCGCAGGCUGUUCCAAGGAAUGUGACUGCAUUCAAGAACAGUCCACUGGCUGCGACCCCGAGGCAGGGAGCUGUUUCUGUAAAGCUGCGUACCACGGCCCGCGGUGUGAGAAAGAAUGUGAGCCGGGCUUCUUCGGGGCUGGUUGUGAACAGCCAUGUGACUGUCCAGGUGGAGGCUCAUGUGACCCCAGAACUGGAGAGUGCAGCCAGGGGUGUCCCGCAGGCCUUCGUGGGGAUCAGUGCCAGCUGGCCUGCCGAGCUGGAAACUACGGUGAGAACUGUCGUCUCACUUGUGACUGCCAAGGAGCUCAUUGUGAUCCCAUAACUGGACAGUGCAUCUGUCCUGCUGGGAAGACAGGAAACUCAUGCCAGGAAGAUUGUCCUGAUGGAUUCUGGGGGUUGAAGUGUCAGUCGUCCUGUCCCAGUUGUGAGAACAGCGGAUCCUGCAACAAGCAAACUGGCACGUGUGACUGCAAGCCAGGCUUCAUGGGGAACCUGUGCCAACAAGAGUGUCCUGCAGGGUUCUAUGGACCAGACUGUCUAACACAAUGUUCUUGCCACCCUGAUGCCAGAUGUGACCCAGAGAACGGACGCUGCCUCUGCCCUCCUGGCAAAAGAGGCCAUGACUGUGCAGCAUCAUGUGAACCUGGCCUCUGGGGGCAAGGCUGCACCUCCAGAUGCGAGUGUCAGAACCGCUCUGUGGGUUGUGACCCAGUCAGCGGUCAGUGUGUGUGUGAGGCUGGCUACACAGGUCACCACUGUGAAGAGAAGUGUGUGAACGGCAGUUAUGGUCAGGGCUGCGUCCAGCUGUGUCAGUGCCACAACAGAGCCAUCUGUGACCACGUGAGCGGAGCCUGCAUGUGCUCCUCUGGAUUCACUGGAACCUUCUGCGAAAAAAUGUGCCCGGACGGCUUUUACGGUCUUGACUGUGGCCACAUGUGCGAGUGCAGGAACGGUGCCCGUUGCCACCACAUCACAGGAGCCUGCCUAUGCACCGCCGGCUGGGCAGGACCACACUGCAUUUUAGAAUGCCCAGAGGGUCAUUAUGGAGAGCGGUGCAGUCAGACCUGCGGGUGUCAGAACAGAGGCAGGUGUGACCACGUCACCGGGCGAUGCGGCUGCGCGGCCGGGUGGACUGGAGUCAGCUGCCAACUGCCUUGUCCCGUCGGACGCUACGGACCAGGCUGUUCUGGUCGAUGCCUUUGUCAGAAUGGAGGAUCUUGUGAUGGUGUGAGUGGGCGGUGCUCCUGCCCAGCAGGGUGGACCGGGGCUGCUUGUGAGUUAGAGUGUGAAGACGAGCGUUAUGGAGAGAACUGCACACAGACCUGCAGAUGUGAAAGUGGAGGGAGAUGUGACCGAGUGACAGGAACAUGUCUGUGUCUGCCUGGUUGGACAGGAGAGUUCUGCCAAACAGCCUGUUCUAAGGGAUACUUCGGAGAAGGCUGUGAAAAGAGGUGCGACUGUGUCCACAGUUGGAGUUGCCACCAUGUGACAGGCCGCUGUGAGUGCGAGCCAGGCUGGAGAGGAGCCCAGUGCGACAAAACCUGCCUCCCGGGGUUUUACGGCGGCUCCUGUGCCCAGCGGUGCCGGUGCCAGGCCGGGGUGUCGUGUCACCAUGAGAGCGGGAAUUGUGGCUGCCCAGCUGGACUCACAGGGCCUGGCUGUGAGAAAACCUGCCCUGCUGGAACGUUUGGACGAGACUGCCGCCAGUCGUGCCGGUGCUCAGGGCUCCACGAGCAGUGCCAUCCCGUCAGCGGGAACUGCAGCUGCCUACCUGGUUAUUACGGGGCACGCUGUGAGCUUCGAUGUCGAGCAGGUUCUUUUGGACCAAACUGCAAGUCCAGGUGCAGCUGCACCAAUGGUGGUCACUGUGACUUCAGGACCGGGACUUGCUACUGUCCUCCUGGUUACAUUGGAGCCGAUUGCAGCUCAAGUUGUCCAAGUGGUUACUAUGGGAAAAACUGUGCAAAGCUGUGCUUCUGUGGGGAAGGAGGGCAGUGCCACCAUGCCACUGGGAGGUGUAUCUGCAGCCCUGGUAGGACGGGACCGUCCUGCCAACAAGGAUGUCCGAGGGGGCGCUACGGCCUGCAGUGCAGAGGCGCAUGCAACUGUCAGAACGGGGCCUUAUGUGACCCUGUUGACGGGUCUUGCAAGUGUGGACUGGGCUGGACUGGACCCCGUUGUGACACAGCUUGUUCACAGGGAAAGUAUGGGGUUGAUUGUACACAAGACUGUCCUUGCCUGAACAAUGGAACCUGCGAUCGUUUUACCGGCAGCUGCGGUUGUGCUGCAGGCUACUACGGCCACUCCUGCCAACAUGAGUGCCCUCCUGGGUAUUACGGAGUGAAUUGCGUCCACACGUGUGACUGUAAAGUGGAGCAAGCAUGUGACCAUGUGACGGGCAAAUGCUUGUGUCCUCCAGGCUACCGUGGGCUUCAGUGCCAAAGACGUUGUGAACCUGGCAACUUUGGGUCAAGUUGUGCAAAGUCAUGUGACUGUGCCGGUGCAGCACCAUGUGACCCAGCUACGGGACGGUGCCUCUGUCCUUCAGGAUGGACAGGAUCAAGAUGUGCCAGAAAGUGUAAUGGGGAUCAUUUUGGCCCCGACUGCACCCUGCCGUGCCAGUGUUCCCACGGGGCCCGCUGUGACGGGGUGAGUGGGAGAUGCCUGUGUCCGCUCACCUGGCUCGGUCCGACUUGUAGUGAAGUCUCACUGCACCAAACCUCAGAAGCGCUGAGUUUCUCUGCAUCUCACAGAAGGAGAAGAGCAGGCGGCAAAGCCACAUAACAGAAUUAUAGGUGCAAACUCCUGACGGGACACUCAAAGAUGGAACUGGGCUCGGUGGAGCGUUAAUUCUCACCAUCUUGAAGAAAAGGUGAUGCUGAUUCUGUGCAACCGGUACUCUGCUGUCACAGACUGGCACUACAUCACUGAGUCUGACGGCUGACACAAUCAGCCACAGGAGCUGGCAUGUGAGACGCCUUCAAAGCACCCUCGACUCAAACCUAGCCCAGUCUGUCUGAGAUUUCAAACCCACGGUUGCGUAGGCUUCUUCUGCAUGCGGCAUAUUUGUUACUGUUGCUGAUCAAAUGUGGACCAUUCUUAGCAUUUAAUGAGCUUUUAACGGUAUUUUGACAAGACGAGUGACCUAUAACCAUGUAUAAAACAAGACAAAUGAAAUAAUGAAUC